ACUUUACAAGUCAAAGAUUAUCUUUCAAUGUCCACCAGAGCAAGUGCGUAAUAAUUUUCUUCGCCCUUUUCCUUUGAAAAUUAGCCUUUGAUAGCAGAGUCCGUGGAAGUGUUGUUGCAAGCACUUGUAUGUUCUUUCCCUAGGAAGAGAGAUCAAACAUGGCUUCUUCAGCCACAAUCAAGAAGCCCCAUGCCGUGUGCGUACCACACCCAACACAAGGCCACAUAAACCCAAUGCUAAAACUAGCAAAACUCCUUCACUUCAAAGGCUUUCACAUCACCUUUGUCAACACUGAGUAUACCCACAAGCGCCUUCUCAAAUCCAGAGGUCCUGAUUCUCUCAAGGGUCUCUCUUCAUUUCGCUUUGAAACCAUUCCUGAUGGUCUACCAGAGCCAGCUGUGGAUGCCACACAAGAUAUACCUUCCCUGUGUGACUCCACCAGAAGAACUUGCCUGCCUCACUUGAAUAACCUUCUCGCUAAAAUCAAUAGUUCAGAUGUCCCUCCAGUGACAUGCAUACUUGCUGAUGGUGUCAUGAGCUUCACUCUUGAUGCUGCUGAACAAUUGGGUGUCCCACUGGCGCUGUUUUGGACCCCUAGUGCAUGUGGGUUCAUGUGUUAUGUGCAAUUUCAACAACUCAUUCAAAAGGGAAUAAUACCUCUCAAAGAUUCAAGUUCGAUCACGAAUGGGUAUUUGGAGACUACGAUCGAUUGGAUACCGGGAAUCAAGGAAAUUCGAUUGAGAGAUUUUCCCAGUUUCAUUAGGACCACAGAUUCAGAGGAUUUUAUGAUUGAGUUCCUACAGUGGGAGUGCGGGAGGGCUCGAGAAGCUUCUGCAAUCAUUCUGAACACGUUUGAUGCUAUGGAGCAUGAUGUUUUGGAAGCAUUAUCGUCUAUUUUGCCCCCUGUUUAUUCCAUAGGUCCUUUGAAUUUACUUGUGAAGGAUAUUGAUGAUGAAGACUUGAAUGCAAUUAGGUCCAAUCUUUGGAAGGAGGAGUUUGAGUGUGUGGAGUGGCUCGACACCAGAGAGCCCAACAGUGUUGUUUACGUAAAUUUUGGGAGCAUCACGGUUAUGACAAGUGAACAGCUAAAUGAAUUUGCAUGGGGACUUGCUAACAGCAACAAGAGCUUUUUGUGGGUGAUAAGACCCGAUGUUGUGGGGGGUGAAAACGUUGUUCUGCCUCCAGAGUUUGUGGAACAAACCAAAGACAGAGGACUGUUGUCUAGUUGGUGCCCCCAAGAGCAAGUGUUGGCUCACCCAGCUGUUGGGGGAUUUUUGACACACAGUGGUUGGAAUUCAACUUUGGAAAGUGUGUGUGGAGGUGUGCCAAUGAUAUGUUGGCCUUUCUUUGCUGAGCAACAAACCAAUUGCAGGUUCAGCUGCAGAGAGUGGGGGAUUGGGUUGGAGAUUGAAGAUGUUAAGAGAGACAAAAUAGAGAGCCUUGUAAAGGAGUUGAUGGAUGGUACAAAGGGUAGAGAGAUGAAGGAGAAAGCUAUGCAAUGGAAGGAUUUGGCUGUAAGUGCUACUUCUGGUCCUUAUGGAUCUUCAUUUCUUAAUUUAGAGAAUAUGAUUCGAGAAGUUCUUGUGAGAGGAAAUGUUAAAAACUAGUGUAAGAAGAUUUUGAAUAUUAACUUACUCCUUCACCACACGACUAUAUCUAUUUACCAUUAUGUUUAACAA